AAUGCGUCUGGCAUGUCAUUUGUGUGGGAAGUUUUGGUAGUUGGUGUCCGUCUGAGGUCUAUUUGCGUAAUAAAUUACUGAAAAAAGUAGUUUAGAAGCCAAAAUGGGACUGAAGGAAGCCACAAUUUAUCUCGACAACCAAUUCAAUACUUACUAUGCCGGCCAAACAGUAAAUGGGAGGAUAGAAUAUGUUUUUGAUAGUCCUAAAAAAGUUCGAGGUAUUCACGUGAAGUUUAAAGGCGAGGCGCACACGGAAUGGUCGGAGAGUAAAGAGGAAACUGACACGGAGGGCAAGCCGAUCUCCACAGAUCAAAUGAUCACGGGCAACGAAGAAUACUUCACUAUACAAUACUAUUUGCUCGGCAGUAAUACUGGAAACGAGAUAGAAAUCCCAGCAGGCAAGCACGUUUAUAAUUUCACGUGUGCCCUGCCGCCCGUGCUGCCGUCGUCUUUCGAAGGUCAGUUCGGGUACGUGCGGUACACCGUCAAGGUCACGCUGGACCGCCCGUGGAAGUUUGACCAGGAGACCAAGAUGGCCUUUACCGUCAUCAAUGCCUUGGAUCUCAACCUUAACCCAUCUUAUAAGGAACCGAUCCACAUGCAAAUGGAGAAGACGUUUUGUUGUUUCUGCUGCGUGUCGGCUCCCCUGACGGUGGACGUGUACGCGCCCGUGUCCGGGUACUGUCCCGGGCAGAGCAUUCCACUCACCGUGCACGUGGAAAACAAGAGCAACGUGCAGCUGCACCUCGUCAAGGUCAUGCUGAGGAAGGUGAUAACCUACAGGGCGACGACUCCAACCUCGUCGACUAAGAAGUCCAAAGAGUUAGUCCACACGGUACAGGAGGGUCCGGCGCCCGCGGGGACCAGCAAACAAUGGACCAUCAACCUCGAGGUCCCGCCCGUGCCGCCCUCCAACCUGGUCAACUGCAGCAUUAUUGACCUCGACUACGAUCUCAAGGUGGAGUGCGUAGUGUCAGGACUCCACAUGAACCUGCGCGACAAGAAGUACGUGACCAUUGGCACGGUGCCGCUCGUGUCUGCCGGGGCUACGCCCUCCGCGCCCGCCGCGCCUUCGCCCCCGACCCCCAGCCAGCCCGCCGUGCUGCCCACUGUGCCGGCGGAGGAAGGCGGAGGCGCGGGAGGGUGGGUGGCCCCCGCUGCGCCGCCGUACCAGGCGCUCUACCCCACGCUCUCGGAGCCAGUGUACCGCGCCGGCGCAGAAGGCGCCCGCCGCGUGCAAGACCGCGGCGACGGCGACCACACGCGCGUGGUGGGACACAGCUACUUCGCGCCCUACUACCCCACGUACGCGCAGCCGCCGCCGCUGCCGCAGUGACCGCCAUCUGCACUAACUAUCGAUGCAGCACUAAGGCGACCCAUACACCUACAAUAAUAUUGUACAAUCCUUUAAUUGUGCAAUAAUAUUGAAUAACCCCUUUGAUUCCAAACGUUCAAUAAAUUCUCUCAAUAAAAUUGACAAACCAGUCUGAACAAUAUUUUCGUGCGAGCAACAUGUCUGACGACGAAGUUUUGGCGGCAGCCGCGCUGGUAAUUUUGUUGAAUAGAAAAAAAAAACGUAUAUGGGUUAAAGAAUAGUUGAAAAGAAGGCCAGUUUACACUCAUGAAAGGCUUUUAAACGACUUAGCCUUAAAUGAAAAAUAAAAAAUAAAACCGUGACUGACCGAUCGCGAUCGCUCCGAAAACUAAAAUGAAAAAUAUUGCGCAAUGUUAAGCCUACACAGUGCAAGAAAAAAAUAUUGCCCAAUAAAAAUUAAGCUCGCUCAAUCUUUUGUGCAAUGUUUCAAUACUAUCCCUAAACGUUCAAUAAAAUUGUGCAUGCAGAUAUAUUGUGCAAUAUUAUUGUAGGUGUAUGGGGCGCCUAAGGCCAGGCGCGCACUACGAGUUUUUCGCCGCGCGGAAUACUGCGCCGCUGCGGUGGCUCUGCCGUCAAGUGCGCGCAAUACAAUCUAAAACUGUUUGGUACAGAAAGUGCGACAUUAUGCCGCUGCUUUUUUCUGCCGCGCAGCGAAAAACUCGUAAUGCGCGCCUGGCCUAUGUCUUACCUAUGUAGGUACACAAAUUUGAAAUGUUCCUGUUGUAAAAACUCUUUAAUAGUGGGGGCACUGACUGCGUUCGGACUUCCAGACGUACGGCCGGGUUCCAACCCUAUUUGGUGGAUAUCCAAACUAUUCGUUCAAAGCGCUUCGCAUCGUCCUUCAUUAUGCGCACUGCUAAGGAGUGGAAUUCUCUGUCGUCUUCUGUAUUUUCCGAAUGCAUAUAACCCGGGUGCUUUCAAGGCUAGAGUGAACCGGCACCUUCUGGGCGAGCUUUAUCUUAGGCCUAAUGCCUUCGGGCAAGUCUGGGGCCAAGAGCAAACCCAUCAAAAUUAAAAAAUAAUAUUAAUUACCAGUGGUGUCGUCCCUUUGAAGGAUCAAAGGGGGGGUGAAAUUUUAUAAAACUGCGAAAAGUCCCAUAUAAAAUUUCACUUCAAAAAAAGAAUUCAAAUAAAAAUAAAAAGUUUAAAUUCAAAAAUUAAUUACUUAAUUAAUUAUUUAAAUUUUUUAAUUUUUUUCGGGUUGGGGGGGGGGGUGUGAAAUUUUAAAUGGGACUUUUCGCAGUUUUCAAGGAUGCUAUAAAUUGGAGUCGGGGGCCGAUUUCCAAAACUAAAAUAUUUCCAAAUUUCCAAAAUUGCAGGUUGCUCCAUACAAUCUUCCACUCUCCAUUUGGAAGUGGGGGGUUAGAAAGAGACGAAACGUAGCAUAUAAAAAGUCACGUUUAUUAUUCGCCCCGUGUUGCUGUGAAAGACGGACAGACAGACACACAUACACUUACCCACGAAUUUAUUAUUACCUAUCCUUUAGGCAGUUAGGACCAGAGUAAAAGAAAGGACAAAAAAAAGAAGAAAAAACAGCAAGUGACUUUACUAUUAAAGCUUUUACAACAGGGACAUUCCGGAGAUCGGCACAUCGCUGGUAUAAUUAUAGUAAUAUAAAAUGGUAGCGUCACAAAGCGUUUAUUCAAAAUUAUAACAAUAAUGCUUCGAUCACACCUACCGAGUGGGCGGGCGAGAGAGUGCUCUCGGCCGAGUACUCGGUGUGUAUGAAUGAACAUUACGACGAGUGCACGGCCGAGCGCUCGGCCGAGUUAUUUGGCGAGACAGCUACUCGACCCCUGUUCUAUUUGCUAGGCCGAGUAUCCACCCCCGCGCUUCCCCGCACUGUCUCGCCUUCCCACACGGCAGGUAUAAACAUGAAGAUGGAUCAAAAACAAUAAUUAAAAAGUCCACAAAGUUGCUCAUACCGCUCCUAGCACAAGAAUUGAAGAAAAAAAACUUGUUGAAACCAAUUACAAAAUACGUAGGUAACGCACAAGUGCCGUCAAAGGGCCGAGUGGCGCGAUGCGAUUGCAUGUUUAUACCUGCCGUGUGGGAAGGCGAGACAGUGCGGGGAAGCGCGGGGGUGGAUACUCGGCCUAGCAAAUAGAACAGGGGUCGAGUAGCUGUCUCGCCAAAUAACUCGGCCGAGCGCUCGGCCGUGCACUCGUCGUAAUGUUCAUUCAUACACACCGAGUACUCGGCCGAGCGCACUCUCUCGCCCGCCCACUCGGUAUGUGUGAUCGAGGCAUAAGAACAUCAACGAUUACAUACUACCUGUGGUUUUCUAGUCCGCUAAAAAGGAAAGGGACGGGCGAUUUUGAGGAUUGUAACGUCUAACACCAUAUUCAUAAUAAUAUAACACUUCCUAGUGAAUCCGCGAUAGCCCUGGGGGGUCAAAAUGGCCAGAUCGAAGCAAUUCAUCUAAGAAAGCAAUAUUGCUAUUUGACAUUUGUUUGCAGUUGUUGUCUUCUCGACGUCGAACGACGACGUCGACGCGAAGCGGACGUCGGGGAGGCACCCUCGGGGCUUGGCCCCUUUGGUGCGAUAGCUCUCGCCGCCCGCUAAAACUGUCGGGGCACGGGGGCGUGCCACGGUGGGCGAGUUUCGCGCCUCCGAAGGCCCAAUUUCUUGUCCGGGAUGGUACCGCCGGCGAGUCAGCCCACCGGGUGAGACCCUGUUGAGGGAGGCCCAGUGAGCGACUCCAGCCAGGCGGUACGUGUCUCGUCAUAGUAGGUGGCCGGCGAGCUUGACCCGAAGUUUCCAGGUCAGCUCGAGCCGGCGGGGUCAGUGACAUUUGUUUGCAUUGCGCACUUGCUUUUAUAUGCGCAAAUGUCAAAUAACCCCCCCUGUUAGUAGUGUCAUGGAUUGAGAUCCCGACUCGGGGUUUAAACUGAAUUCGACUUUAAGAGUUUGAAUUCAUGUUUGGAUCAUAGAUGAUUGAUAUCACGUGGUUUCCAGGAUUUGUGCCCGGUUAAUGGCAAUAGGUUAAAUAAGGAAACGGUUUAUUAAAUCAUAUAUUUGGAGCAUUGCACUCUAUGGAAGUGAAACGUGGACUAUGACACAGAGAGACAGAGAGAGAUUGGAAGCGUUUGAGAUGUGGUGUUGGCGAAGGAUGGAGGGUAUAAGCUGGACUGAAAUGGUGUCAAAUGAAAAAGUGCUGGAAAGAGUUGAAGAAAAGAGAACCAUAUUGAAGACUAUAGAGAACCGGAGAGGAAAUAUGAUUGGCCACCUGAUACGACACGAUUCAUUUAUAACAAACAUUAUAGAAGGAAAAAUUGAAGGGAAGAGAGGAAGGGGUAGACCUAGGAUAACAUUUAUGAAACAAAUAAAAGAGAAGGUGCAGGUCGUGUCGUAUCGGGAGGUGAAGGUUUUGGCGGGAAGAAGAGAGGAAUGGCGGUUACUCCACCGACAAGAGCGCAGCUCUUAAAUAGAGAGAGAGAGAGAGAGAGAGAGAGAGAAUGGCAAUAGGCUCGCCCCCUAUUACAUGAGACUUAAACAUAGCUGGCGAGAAGUGGGCGUACGGUCACGAGUACUAACAUGUAUGUACACUUCGAAACCAUGUCACAUUAUCUUUUUUGACAAAUUAAACCGUAAGUCUCAUCAUCACCAGCCCAUUAACGUCCCCACUACUGGGGCACGGGCCUUCCCUAUGGAUGGAUAGGGAGAUCGGGCCUUAAACCACCACGCGGGCCCAGUGCGGAUUGGUGCUUAUUAACGACUGCUAAUGCUGCCGGGACCAACGGCUCAACGUGCCUUCCGAAGCACGGAGGAGCUCGAGAUGAAAACUUUUUUGUGGUCACCCAUCCUAUGCCCGGCCUUUGCGAAAGUUGCUUAACUUCAACAAUCACAGACCGAGCGCGUUAACCGCUGCGCCACCGAGCUCCUCUAAGUAAGUCUCAUUAAAUGUCAAAUAUGAUAGUGCGACAGGGUUCUAAAGUGGGUACACGAUAUUGCACAUGACUGUAAUACCCCUGCCUACCCCGGAUACAGUGAUGCUAUGUUAGGUUAUAAUAACACUUCCUUUUCCUUUUGGAGAGAUUAUAAAAUGACAAGUAUUAGAUAUAAUCGUUUUGAUAAAGUAUUAUCGGAAUCGCCGCUAUUAUGAAAGCACAAAUAUCACAAUAUAGAGCGCUUUGCAUCGCCUAUUCAACUUUUGUAUACUUAUUUCUUGUACUUCGGUGACAAAGUAUGGUGCUAUGUUUUGUAUAAUUUGUAAGCAUUUAUCGCGGGAUCAACUCAUUUAAUCAGCUAUGAUAUGAAAUUAUCUCACUCGUAGUCUAUAAGCCGUCCAAUGUUAUAAAAAGCAUUUUUAUUUUGACUUGAUAUAUGAAAAUACAGUAUUGAAUCUAUAUUCAGUAAUCUCAAAUAUUGUAUUUAAUUGUUGAUAACUUUAAUAUAUACUUAUUUCUCAUUUUA